UACUAUGUACAUAAAAAAAAAAAAAUGGUAUUAGUUGUACAUUUGUGAAUGCAAUGCAGAUUGCUGCGGCGCUGCCCCUCGCUCGGCCUCGACAGGGCGGGGAUGGCACAUGCGCAGCGUCGCCCCCUCCAUCCCGGUCACCACCCUCUCCUCCUCCCCGGCUCCCCGAGGCGAUGCGGGAUGAGGGACAGCGCACGCAGGCGCGCUUGCGCCGCUCCCCGCCCGCAGGGAUCGCUCCGCACGGCCCCCCUCUAGGCGGCUCGUCUCGCUGCUGAGGGGACCCUCGCUGAGCCGUCUCUGCUCCCCUGCCGCCAUCUCUGGUUCCGUCCCCCUCGGGCGUCGAAUGUCUAUCCUGAGGUGAGCGCAGUGUAGCGGGAGGGCACAGCCAGGCGGAGUGGAGCGGCUCCUUAGCGCUGCGCGCCCCGUCUUCACACGGUUGUGUGUGAGAGAGCCUGGAACCCGCGGCGCUGCCUCCUCCCGUCGCCAUCGCCCCUCGCGAUCUGGAAGCUGAAGGGCGGUGCGCCCUGAGCUGCGUGGGGCGGCCCAGCUCCGCGGCUCUCAGACCGUUACCAGGAGCUCUAGAACACACUGCUGCAUUGGUUGGACGAUGCUCAGAGACACUAUGAAGUCCUGGAGCGACAGCCAGUCUGAUCUGUACAGCAGUGACCAAGAAGAAGAAGAACAGAUGAUUUUUGGAGAAAAUGAAGAUGAUUUGGAAGAGAUGAUGGAUUUAAGCGACUUGCCUACCUCACUGUUUGCUUGCAGCGUGCAUGAAGCGGUGUUUGAGGUACAGGAGGAAAAGGAAAGAUUUGAAGCACUUUUCACUGUCUAUGAUAAUCAAGUUACAUUCCAGUUGUUUAAAAGCUUUAGAAGAGUAAGGAUAAACUUCAGUAAUCCAGAGGCAGCAGCAAGAGCACGGAUUGAACUGCAUGAAACUGACUUCAAUGGAAAAAAACUGAAGCUAUAUUUUGCACAGGUACAGGUGUCCAGUGAAGUAGGAGACAAGUCCUACCUUCUUCCUCCACAACCUGUUAAACAGUUCCUGAUAUCACCACCUGCAUCUCCCCCAGUUGGAUGGAAACAGACUGAAGAUGCAACUCCACUGAUAAACUAUGACCUCCUUUGUGCUGUCUCCAAGUUGGGACCAGGGGAGAAGUAUGAGCUUCAUGCAGGGACAGAAUCAACUCCUAGUGUCGUCGUCCAUGUCUGUGAAAGUGAGACAGAAGAGGAAGAAGAAUUAAAAAAUCCUAAACAGAGGAUCAUGCAGACAAGGCGUCCGGAGCCACCUGCAACAAUACUGAAUGAAUCUAAAGCAUUUGAUUGUACAUUGGAGGUAGGGGGUACUAUGCACUGUUAAACUGUGUGUUACUCAGGAUGUCAUCAAAAACCAGACACGUAAUGAGUACACACGUUGAUGCCUGUUGUCCUGCUAUAUAUUAUACAUAGCAACAACAGAUUUUACUUGUAGUUGUCUCUCAUGUUCGAGAUUUUUGGAUGCCAAUGCUCUGCAAAGCACUUUAAUUCUAAGGACUAGUCUCCCAAGUGUAGCAAAUCCACCUGACUUGCAAUAGUGAAAAAUAGGAAGUUUAGUUUUAUUGAAAUAUUACUCUUGAUACUGUAAAGUGUGGUGUACCGAGUGCUAAAAUAAUAUUUUUCUGUCACUACUGGAUUUGAAGAAGUUAUUUGUAUAGCAGUUAUAAACUGAUCCAUGCUUGUGCAGCAGCUUCCAGUUAUUUAAGUGGAAGUGAGGCAUAGGUCUUCAUGCUAAAAUUCCUUCCCAGUUAUCAGUCUUCUGAGCUGAAGGUUAGUACUUGCUUUUCUCAGAUAUGCUUUUAAUUUGACAUGAGGCUCAAAUACAUAUAUGGAACUAAAUUCCAAUAGUUCUGCUCACUACACAAAAGAGUACAGGAGGAAGAACCACAGACCACUACAAGACAGACCCUGAAUCUGUCUCCAGCACUGCUGCUGCUCCUGUUUGAUGGUACACUGAUGGCUGCAACAGUUUGCACUGACAUCUGCUUAAGAGUGAGUUACAAUAUGCGGAGUGAAAUAGGGAUUCAGCUACUGAAUGUGUUCUCUUAUCCUCUCUGGAAAUGUGGUAAUGUUUGUCCCUCUUCCAUCCUAGAGAUGGCCUCAAUUUAUAAAUAAAUCAAAGUGACCGUAUGACUGAAUGAUAUGAGGAGAUAAAACACCUAGGGUAGAUUUCUGACCUGUGGUCCUAAACCUGAUCUGUCAUUUUUAUUUUUUUGAAGACAGUCAGUUGCCUGGCUUAGCCAGCUGUUAUGCAGUUUGAGCCCUUCUCUGCUGUUUUUCAUUGUGACUUUUUCCUGUGCAGCAUCCUCUGUCUGAUAGAGUACCUGCUGCUUUAGAGACAAGGAUGCAUUUUUUAAAAUACAGAUGUUUAAUUCUGUAAACUCGUGUUAAGCAUUUCAAUAGGAGGAAAAUAUGCCUCAUCGUGUGACAUAUGCUACUACACUUUUAUGCUACUUUAUAACCAACCUUUUUUAGUCUACACAGAUUCUUCUUUUUUCUAUUAUUAAAAAAAAAAAACAAAACACAGAAAAAGCCAAGCUGCUUAUAUGCAUAUAUAGAAAUCAUUCAGAAAUUGGACUUUUUCAAAUCGUUUUAGUGUAUUUUAAUUCUAUUUGAAGUGCUCAUUGAACUUUCCAAAGUGUUUUCACUUGGUUGACAACAGAAGUAGCAGUGAUCGUGAAUCUGCACAGGCACAGUAGUUUUCAGGUCCAUAUUGUGCUAGCUGCGAUCCCUUCCUGCCACUGGCUUGCAGUUGCAAAGUGGGAUCCUGCAGGCAGGUCCUUGUUCCAGAGAUUUUGUUCAUCUCAGCUGCAAAGGUACUGAUAUUUAUGUAUUUCUUCAGAUGUUCAAAUCACUUCGUCUGACUUCUGUCUUGCUGUUCUGCCACGAGACUUGUGUGUUUUAAAAUGCCAGAAGUCAAUCUUGGAUUCUCUGGUAUUUAUAUUUUGUCAGUUGUUUAAUUUCUACCCCACUGUAACAGUUUGUGUAAGUAGGGAUUCAGUGAAAACUUUCCAAAACCAUUUUGUAAAGGCAAAUGGAAUGAGUGAUUUUGUCAGUGUACGUUGUGUAAAGUGUAUCACACCUUGCAUUCCAACAUCACUCCUUGUGUAAAGAGGCUUAAAAUAAAAAUGAUACAGCACCA